AUGCGUCAAGUCCUAUUUUUUAUCCAUAUCGCCAAUGAACCGACAUUGCGCAUCAAACGACAGUUUGGUUUCGGUGGAUGGGGUGGUGGAUGGGGCCGCCCUUGGGGUGGUGGAUGGGGUCGCCCUUGGGGUGGUGGGUGGGGCCGCCCUUGGGGUGGUGGGUGGGGCCGUCGAUGGGGAGGUGGAUGGGGUCGUCGAUGGGGUGGUGGAUGGGGCCGUGGAUGGGGAGGUGGAUGUGCACGUAUCAAGCGACAGUUUGGAUGGGGUGGUGGAUGGGGCCGUCCAUUUGGAGGUGGAUGGGGUGGACCAUUUGGAGGUGGAUGGGGUCGUCCAUAUGGAGGUGGAUGGGGUCGUCCAUAUGGAGGUGGAUGGGGUCGUCCAUAUGGAGGUGGAUGGGGGUAA